AUGCAGGACUUCAUGAAGCUCUACUCGGGCAUCGUCGAGAGGUGUUUCCUCGCCUGCGCCCAGGACUUCACCACGAAGGCGCUGACCUCCAACGAGACGAGAGGACGAGAGCAGAUGAACGGCCUUGCUCCAGCUGAUUCGCCGUCCAGAUCGUAG